AUGGUUCUUCUUGACAGCACCGAGACUCAUCCUGAUGAAAAUCGACUCCGGCACCAACCUGCCAUGAAGCUCCAUAAGCUCGUGUGUGGACACUGGGUUUUCACCAAGCAGCCCGAGCAAUGCGCUCCCAACUGCAAGGUCAUCAAUGGCCCGACGAGCUGGCCCGAACUUCUGUUGGAGAAGUAUAACCUCAACCCCUUUGCUGAAGCCUCCGGUCUUGGUGGCCGCGUCUGUAUGGUCGUCUACCUCGCCGUCGACGGCACAAUCAUCCCAUGCCUGGACAACGUCGACGCGGCGGUCAUACGCAUCCUGAUGAGCAAGCACGAUGACCGUGGCGACCUCGUCGUUCUCCCAGCUCGACCGGACCUCUUGUAUCUCUUCAGCAGCCAGCGUAAUACCCCCCCCCCCCCCCCAACUCCUACGGAACCUAAGGCUAUGAGGGGCCUACAUACAUCCCCAGGAACCGGAAAGGGCCGAAAAAAUCUCACGAGCCCGAAGCGUGGACGAGGUGUGACCAAGCAAUCACCACCUUCAAAGUCUAGCAAGGAUAAGAGCGCCUCUUGGGACAAGAGCGGCCAGAAGAGCAAGCAGCGGGCUACUGGCGGUGGCGGUGAUGGUAUGGACGUUGGCGAGGGCUUAUCCUACGGGGACGAAGGGGUCGAGUACCAGGAGGGUUCCGAAGAGGGCGAAGUACGUGUGAAAGGAACCUUGGAGGAGGAAGAGGCGGCAAAGAAGCUUCGGGAGGCCGAAAAGACGUUCGAGAGAAUGGCACUAGACUAG